AUGGAAAAUCCAAACAAUGUCACUGAAUUUGUCUUCUUGGGACUAUGGGAGAAUAAGCAAAUAGAGUUACUCUUCUGUUUCUUGUUCCUGCUCUGUUACUUGGCAGUCUUAAUGGGAAACUUCACCAUCUUACUCACAAUCACCUGCAGUCAUCUAAUGGAACAACCAAUGUACUACUUUCUCUGCCACCUCUCCCUCAUGGACCUCUUCUUCACCUCUGCUGUGGUUCCCCGGCUAAUAAGAGACUUAGCUGCAGACAGAAAAAACAUUUCCUAUAGCGACUGUAUGACCCAGCUCUUCAGUGUCCACUUGCUGGCAGGUGUGGAAACAUUAAUCCUGGUGUCUAUGGCUUUUGACCGCUAUGUUGCCAUCGUCAAGCCCCUGCACUACAUGGUCAUAAUGAACUGGCAGAGGUGCAACAUACUGAUCAUCAUGGCCUGGGGCAUGGGUUUUUGGCACUCAAUUGCUCUACUGCUCAUGGUCCUCAAUUUGCCUUUCUGUGGCCCUAAUGAGAUUAAUCACUACAUGUGUGACGUGAAGCCCCUUUUGAAACUGGUCUGCAAAGAUAUUCAUGUGGUUAGUAUCUUAGCUAUUGUCAAUUCAGGGAUGUUGGUGAUUGUAGUGUUUCUUGUUCUGGUGGCUUCCUACAUCAACAUACUAUACACUCUUAGGACGCGUUCCUCUGCAGGGCGACGCAAAGCUCUCUCAACCUGCAGCUCUCACAUAAUGGUUGUAGUUUUGUUUUUUGUGCCCUGUAUGUAUACCUAUGCUCUACCUGCUGAGAGUGAGAAUGAUGACAAGGAAAUCUCUGUGUUUUAUACUGUCAUUACACCCAUGCUGAAUCCUCUCAUCUAUACCUUAAGAAACAUGGAGAUGAAAAUUGCCAUGCAAAAGGUAUGCUCCAAAAUUAAGGUAAAUAAAGUGAUAUUCAUUGUGCUUCAGAGUUUGUGUUCCCAACAUAGUAAUCAUUAG